AUAUUUGGGCUAGGUGAGUUUUGCUGGCAAAAAACGCAAAGUAAGAGUGUGUUGUGAUUUUUUGGGAACAAGAAAUCUCAACAAGAUCGAAACAAGAAGAACACAGAAUAUGGCGGCUACUGUAUCUGCUUGGUCGAAACCAGGUGCAUGGGCACUUGAUUCUGAGGAACACGAAGCUGAACUCCUUCAAAACAAAAACAACAACAACGUUGUUGAAUCCAAACCACUCGCUGAAUUCCCUUCUCUCGCUGUCGCCGCCGCAACAAAACCCAAAAAGAAGAAAGCCCAAACCCUAUCUUUAGCCGAAUUCACUGCAAAACCUGUUCCUUCAUUCACUCAUCAAGAUCCGGUUGAUCUUCCAACCGGUCCACGUCAGCGAACCGCUGAGGAACUCGAACGUGACCGUACUCGUGGGUUUGGAUCUUACGGUGGUGGUCGUUCUAAUCGGGGAGAUGAUGAAUCUUCUGUUUCAAGAUGGGGUUCUAAUAGGGUUCCCAGAACCGAUUCGUUUGGUUCUGAUAGAAGAGAUAGGGAUUCCAAUCGUGAACCUUCUAGGGCUGAUGAAAUUGAUAAUUGGGCUGCUGCUAAGAAACCUUCUUUUGGGAAUGGGUCUGAUAGAAGGGAUAGAGGUGAAAGAGGUGGUAGUUUUUUUGAUUCGCAAUCGCGGGCUGAUGAAUCUGAUAGCUGGGUUACUAAUAAGACUUUUGCGCCGAGUGAGGGACGGAGAUUUGGUGGUGGUGGUGCUGGCGCUGAUAGAGAGAGGAGAGUAGGGUUUGGUACUAGUGGUGGUGCUGAUUCAGAUAAUUGGAAUAAUAAGAAGAAAGUUGGUGAAUUUAGUGUUGCAAGUGAAAGAACUGAGAAUGUUGGUGGUGGAAGGCCAAGGCUUGUUUUGCAACCGCGUUCUGCGCCUCCGAGUAAUGAAAAUCAGGAUGUUCCUACUGUUGCUGCUGUUGUAGCAAAGCCUAAGGGUGCAAAUCCGUUUGGUGAGGCUAGGCCAAGGGAGCAGGUUUUGGCGGAGAAAGGACAGGAUUGGAAGAAGAUUGAUGAGCAACUUGAGAGCAUGAAGAUUAAGGAGACAACAGUGGUUGAAGGGUUUGGUAAGAGGGGUUUUGGUUCUGGUAAUGGACGCGGUGAAGAUAGAUCUGAGAGGAGUUGGAGGAAAUCAACCCCAACCCCAUCUGAUGAUGGUCGUUCCGAAAGUGCUGAGAAAGUGGAGGAUGAACACAUUGAAGAAAACUAAAAGCCAUCAAUUACUUUUGUCCCUACAGAUAGAUUGACUAGGGAGUUGGAAAGGAACAUUGAAUAUCAGAAACCUAUUUUUUUGUUUCCAAUUGAAGUUUUGUCUUAAUUUAUCUGUUUUUUUUAAUGUGCAACACGGCUAAAACUGGUAAAAGACAUUUUUGAUAGGUAUGUUGGUAGCUUAGGCAGUUUCAGUGUUUAUGGCUAUGGUUAUGUCUGUAGCUGAAUGUUGCCGUAAUCGGUUAAAAUUUAUCCAUUCAUAUUCUGUAUAACAUUGGCGGUGAACUGUCGUUUUUUUGGUA